ACGCUAAGUAUGGAAUCUCAGAGUCGUAGUGAGUUGUGCACAAGAAACGCAAUUUUGAGGGCUAAUUCGAUUAUGACGCAGUUGAAAUUAGCUUCUGUCCACGGCCCCCCUUUGACGCUUACGUUGUGACGUAAACGCGCGGCCGCCUUCCGCACUGCAGACGCCGCUGCCCUACUGAGUCGGUUUCCUGGAGCAUGCGCAGACCCCCGUACGUCAAGAUGGCGGCCUCCGUAUUUAACACGCUUCUCAGGCGGUAUCUUACCCUUUCGCCCUUCAGAGGUUUCUACGGAGUUCAGGUUCCCCUCCAGACUUUUUGCACUGAAGCUCCUCCUGGAAAAGAUUCUUUGCCCCCAGCUCCUCUUUCCCCUUAUGAGAAUGAGCCCUGGAAAUACCUGGAGUCAGAAGAAUACCUGAGCCGCUACGGUUCUCGCCCCAUCUGGGCUGACUACCGCCGCAACCACAAGGGCAGUGUACCCCGUCAGCGGACUCGGAGGACAUGCAUUCGUAAAAACAAAGUUGCUGGGAACCCUUGUCCCAUCUGCCGGGAUCACAAGUUGCAUGUGGACUUUAGGAAUGUGAAGCUCUUGGAACAGUUUGUCUGCACCCACACGGGCAUCAUCUUCCAUGCUCCGUACACAGGGGUCUGUAUGAAGCAGCACAAGAAGUUGACUCAGGCCAUCCAGAAAGCCCGGGAUCAUGGGCUCCUCAGUUACCACGUUCCUCAGGUGGAACCCCGGGACUUGGACUUCAGUACGUCGCAUGGGGCUGUGAGUGCUACUCCGCUGGCCCCUACACUGCUUUCGGGCGACCCCUGGUACCCCUGGUACAGCUGGAAGCAGCCGCCAGAGAGAGAGCUGUCCCGACUUCGCCGGCUCUAUCAGGGCAGUCUCCGAGAAGAGAGUGGGCCACCCCCUGAGGCCAUGCCCGAGGAGCCCCCUGUGUCCCCAGCUGAAGCCACCUGUGCUGAGCAAAGCCCCUGAGGGCUCUGUAGGACUUGGACACUGGGAAGAGAGUCUGAGGGGUCGGGUGGGGCCCUGAGAAGCUGUCUUACUGAGCCGAGGCGAGGGCAGGCCCGGGAGGAAGCCAUGUUGAAGGGUGGCUGUGGCUUUGGUGGAGGGAGGGCAGUGCACAUGCGUGGGUGCUGUGACGGGCUCAGCGCCUGGGCUUUUGAACCUGUGCUGUUUUCCACAAUAAAGCUGCAGCUCCUUCUCUGGC